AUUAUCAUUUAAAGGGGCAGCGACCUGAAAAUUUCCGUCCACUCAGUCGCGGCUCUCCAGUCCCCCUCCACCUCCUUCCACCGUGGGCGUCCUCAGACUGCGUUGGAGAGGGGGGACCCCGGGGAGGUGUCCUGGGAAAGCUUGGAAAGGGGGACCUUGGAAAGACACCCACUACCUCCUCCUGCGUCCCCGGGGCUGCUGAAUCACCGGCGAGGUAUUUGCAUCUGAGAGCAAUUUGUCACACGGCGAUUCGUCUGCCGGGUGGGGGAGGGGCGGGGCGGGGGGCCGGUCGCGCGCGGAGACCUCGUCCCUAUCCGAUCCGGACGGAUGGAAGUGUAGACGCGGCCCGGAGACUCGGAGUCUGCAAGCACUUGAAUGAGCCUGAUACAAACUUCUGCUCCUGGGUGCCCGACGUGACAACAGGAGCCCAUUGAUUGCCCCUGGCAUGCCCCACCAAUCCUCAGCCUGAGUCCGUGGCCCCUGCCCCCACCGGCUGCCACCCUGCAUUGUCCGGGUUCCCCCGAGGCCCCCACGCUGCAGUGCAGCCAAGACCCUUCCCCAAAGGGGCCACCCCCACCACCCACCCCUGGUGCCCGGGGUGGCCCACCCCGCAGGGCCAUGAAGCUGCAGGCUGUGAUGGAGACCCUCAUUCAGAGACAACAGCGUGCCCGGCAGGAACUGGAGGCCCGGCAGCCACCGCCACCCCCACCUUCCGAGCCCACUGGUGUCCGGGCUCGGACCACUGUGACAGAUGAGGACAGGGAGCCUGAGAAUGCCCGGAUGCAUAGGACGCAGAUGGCUGCUCUGGCUGCCAUGCGAGCUGCUGCUGCUGGCUUGGGACAUCCAUCUCCCAGUGGCUCUGAGGAUGGGCCUCCUGGCUCAGAAGAUGAAGACACAGCCCCAGAAGGGACUCCGAGUUCACCUGCCCUGCGUGGACGAGGCCGGGAGGGAUCAGGACACACUGAAGGAGAUGGACAUUUGUUGGACAUGGGCUCCGAUGAUGACACGAAGCCCAAGUGGGAAGAAACAGAACUGGAAGAACUGGGGGAGGAGGAAGAGGAAGAAGAUGACUUCGAGGAAGAGGAGGAGGAGGGUCUGGGCCCCCCGGGGUCUGCCAGCCUGGGCUCUGCAGGCCUGUUCACCCGCAAGGCCCAACCCGCUCAGGCUUUCCGUGGAGAUGGUGGUCCCAGGAUGCUGGGUGGCCCUGACCGCCUAGGACCUGGCCCGGCUCACUCCACUCACACGGCGUCCCAGAUGCCACCACCGGACCACGGAGACUGGACGUUUGAGGAGCAGUUCAAACAGCUCUAUGAACUGGACGCAGACCCCAAGAGGAAAGAGUUCCUGGAUGAUCUGUUCAGCUUUAUGCAGAAGCGUGGCACACCAGUUAACCGGAUCCCUAUCAUGGCUAAGCAAGUCCUAGACCUGUUCAUGCUGUAUGUGCUGGUGACAGAGAAGGGAGGCCUUGUGGAGGUCAUCAACAAGAAACUGUGGCGGGAGAUCACCAAGGGGCUCAACCUACCCACUUCCAUCACCAGCGCUGCCUUCACGCUGCGGACACAGUACAUGAAGUAUCUUUACCCCUAUGAGUGUGAGCGACGAGGCUUGAGCAGCCCCAAUGAGCUCCAGGCUGCCAUAGACAGUAACCGCAGAGAGGGCCGGCGUCAGAGCUUCGGGGGUUCGCUUUUUACCUACUCACCCAGUGGAGCACACAACAUGCUGUCCUCACCCAAGCUACCGGUGACUUCCCUGGGCCUUGCCGCCAGCACCAAUGGCAGUUCCAUCACUCCAGCACCCAAGAUCAAGAAAGAGGAAGACUCCGCCAUCCCCAUCACAGUGCCAGGCCGCCUGCCUGUGUCUUUGGCAGGCCAUCCCGUUGUGGCAGCCCAGGCAGCCGCUGUGCAAGCAGCAGCUGCCCAGGCAGCUGUGGCAGCCCAGGCAGCCGCCUUGGAACAGCUCCGGGAGAAGCUGGAAUCCACAGAGCCUCCAGAGAAAAAGAUAGCCUUGGUUGCCGAUGAGCAACAGCGCCUCAUGCAGCGAGCUCUGCAGCAGAAUUUCCUGGCCAUGACGGCCCAGCUGCCCAUGAACAUCCGGAUCAAUAGCCAAGCCUCUGAGAGUCGCCAGGACUCAGCUGUGACGCUCACCAGUGCCAAUGGCAGCAACAGUAUUAGCAUGUCAGUGGAGAUGAAUGGCAUCGUGUACACAGGGGUGCUGUUUGCUCAGCCACCACCCCCUACUCCACCCUCCGCCCCAAGCAAAGGCGCCAUCGGUACCAACAACACCAUGGGUAGCCGGACAGGAGCCAGCGGCGGGACCAGCAGCAGCCAGGUGGGGCUGGCUGGAGUGUCUGCGCCCCCCACAUCUUCUACCUCAAAUAACUCCUUGCCUUAAAGGAAAUCAAGUUGUAUCGCUGCCCACCCACCACGGGGACCACACAGCCACAUGGGGACCUGGGACAUUGGAAGAAUCCCAGCGGGCUGGGCAGAUUCCCAAGGAGCCACACUGACGCCAAAAAGGAGAGGGAAAAAAAAAUAUAUAUAUAAAUAUAUAUAUAUACACAUAUAUAUAUAGAGAGAGAGAUAGAGAAACAGAUUUAAUAAAUCAGGGCAGAGAACACUUGAAUCUCUCAGGUUUUGGAGACUCCGAGAAAUGGAUUUGACAAGGGCCACCAAGGCAACCUCAGCAGAAGGAGGCCACCUUUCCAGAGGCUUCCAUGGGGGUUUGGCUUGACCAGCCCAGUUCAAGCACGACUAUUUACCUCAUGAAUCCCAGCACUGUGUGUCCUGUCUUUUUUUUUUUUUUUUUUUUUUUUGUUCCUUGAUUCUUAACUGUGAUUCCUUCUGGGAAAACCAACCAAGCCGGAGCCAGGAUCAUUGUUUUGUUUCAUUCUCCUUGGAAGCUAUGAUUUUUUUUUUUUUUUUUCUUUUUUAAAUGAGAUCUCAACAUUCAGAUGCAAGUUUUUUUAAAGAGGUUUUGGGGUUUCGGAUUUUGUAAAUAUUCUAUUUUGGAGGGUAGGGAUUGAAUCUCAGGAAGUGCCCCACCUGUAUAUCUAUAUAUAUAUUUGUGUUCAUUCAGGGAAAGAAACUUUUUUUAAAGAAGCAAAAGCACCAGCCAUGGUCCCCAGCCCCUGUGGUGUCCCGUGGUGCCCCUGACUCAGCACCUUGACAGGACCAGGCAAUGCUGGCUCUCAGCGAAUUCCACAAUUCUCUGUCAUGCUGGGCCCUGCCCACUGCCUCCAUCAUUCAGGAACCUGGAUUGUUUAUCCAGGACACAGAAUGUUCUAGAAGCGGGUAAGGAGAGCAGCACACGGAAUACAGUGGCCUUGUGUGUCUCAGGGAUGAAGAUCUGGACUCUGCCUGGAUGAUUUGCUUCUAGGGGAGACAGGUGUGCCAGGCCUAGCUCAGGGCAAGGAGUCUCAUUGAGACAAAACCAGUGCCUGUUCCUGUCUUCGUUGCUUCUCUUGGCGGGAGCAGUUAAAUAUGACCAGGAAGGGUCCUGGUCCUUGGUCUGAUGUCUUAAUCCCACUGUCCAGCCAAACUGGGCAGUUCUUGGGAGGGUGAGGCAGGAGGAUGAGAGUUUAAAGUUAUCCUUGGCUAUGUAUGGAGGUUGAGGUCAGUCUGAGCUACUUGAAACCCUGUCUCAACAAAGCAAGGAAGGAUGAGGCUGGGGACAGUGGAUUACACCUUUAAUUCUAGUGGUCUGUGAGUAAGCCAGCCUGGUCAAUACAGCGAAUUCCAAGCCACCUAGGGGCUACAUAUGAGACCCUGUCUCACAAAAGGAAAGAAAACUGCAUUUCAUUUUGGCCAAAGCCACCAGGGCAGAGAUAACAUAAUCUCCCCCCAACUUGGGGAACCCUUCCUGGAUUCUGCCUUGGUCACCAUCCCCAAGGGGGCCAGGACAGGAACGUGAGAGCUGGGACCUGCUUGUCUCUCCCUCCCACGAGUCGCUGUCCCUCCACUUCUUGGCCUAGGCUGUGGGGAGCAGACCCCUUCGUUCCUGUCUCAGGGUUGUUAACACACCCCCUUCCCAUCCUUCCAGGAGGAGGGUGUAGCCUUAUUUGGAAGGAAGGGGGAAAUCUCAAAUUUUCCUUCUGGAAGCUUCCGCCUGCCCCUUUUCGGGGCCACUGUCUUAGCCGCACAAUCAUUCCUGGUCACGGGUUGAGGGGGUCUUUGUCCCCUUCUGACAACUCUGUGCAGUCGACCUCUGUGGGUACCUGGCCUGGGGAGAUGGGGGCCAGCCUCCUGUGUGAGGUCUGAUCGAAGGGGUAGUCUUGGUGGGCACAUCCAAGGCGUGUUUCUUUCUACCUCAGGUCUUUUGAUGCCAAAAAGAAAAA